UCCAGUGGCGAUCGUCAACCUGAAUACCAACAAUGUGUCGCUCAAUGCGUUUCCCAAACCGAGUACCACCAAUUACCACUGUACUUGCGAUUAUUACGUUGGACCGUGAAACAAGACUGUGGAUACCAUUGUAUGCAUUCCAUUACUGAACGUGCCAUUCAAAACGAACGCUAUAUUCAUCAGUACCAUGGCAAAUGGCCCUUUCAACGAUUAUACGGAAUUCAAGAACCCGCUUCUGUGCUAUUUUCCAUCUUGAACGGGUUGGUCCAUUGCCAUUACUUUAAGGUGAUUCAGACGAAAGCACCGGACAGUUACUUCUUGAAAAAGUUUUAUUUGGUGACGUGCAUGGUAGGGAUGAAUGCCUGGUUGUGGAGUACGGUGUUCCAUAUCCGGGACACUGCAUGGACGGAGCGUCUGGAUUAUUUUAGUGCAGGUUUAUAUAUUCUGUAUGGAUUAUGUGUGGCGGUGGUGCGCAUUUUUUAUUUACGUGGUGUAUGGGCAGUACUUUGGACGGCGAUGUGUGUGGUUGCGUAUGUGACACAUGUGAUGUAUUUAUCCAGUAUGGCCCGAUUUGAUUAUGGAUAUAACAUGAUGGUGUGUAUUGUAGUGGGAACAUGUCAAACGAGCCUUUGGUUGAUAUGGUCAGUGAAGCAAUAUACACGAUGGGGUAAUAGUGAAAGAAGACCUUUUGCAUGGAUGGUGGGAGCUUCAGUGGUGAUGGUGACACUUGCCAUGUGCCUCGAAAUAUUUGAUUUCCCUCCGAUAGGUCAAGUAGUGGAUGCACAUUCACUUUGGCAUGCCGCUACCAUCCCCUUGGCACCAUUGUUCUAUGAAUUUUUAGUGUGUGAU